AUGUUUAACUUGUUCUCGGCGAAGGAGAAAACGACCACCUCCGGAGUUGGGCCUCUGCAAGGCUACAAAAUUACGGAUGUCGAACGGAGUCGCAAGUACGGCGUGGCAGCUGAUUCACUUCGCAUGCUCCGGGCAAAGGCGUCCGAAAAAUUCAAGAUUUCGGAAUGCCGUGUAUAUCUUGCCCAGGAUGGGGUCGAGGUGACCGAUGAGGAAUAUUUUCGGACGCUACCGGCUCAGGUAUUGUUCGUCGUAGCAAGCAAGGAUACGAUCGUGAAGACCGAUUUUGAGCUGAUGUACAACGCGAUUAAAUCGGCCCACACCGAUCUGUUGCAUGCGGGUGAACUAGCGCAACAAUUCGUGAGCAAUAAUCAACCCGAAAUUUCUAAAAUUCUUUCGAACGCCCAGCGUGGUCGGGAUGAUCUGAUUCAACGUAGCGCCCGAACGGAGCAUGCCGAGUGGUUUGUAGGUAUUGACGAUCGUGCAGUGAAGACAAAGGAGGAUGUUAUGAAGCGACGUGGACAGGACCGGAUUCGUGGAUAUUUUUACAAAACGAAGGAUGAGCUCACCAAAUGUUCGAUGUACCGUGCCAGCCCGAUGGCACGAGAGCUAAUUGAUGAGAUGCUCGAACUCUUCCGGCAGCUGCUGGUGGGAUUUGAUUAUUUUAGCUGCAUGUUUGAUCGUAGCUGUCAACGACGGCUAGAACUGAAGUCGGAUAAUACCGAUGAACCGGACGCACAACGGAUUCCACCGAAACGUUUAAAGUUGCUGGUGCAGAACUCACUCGGACCGAACUGCCAAAUAGAUCCGUACAAUGUGGCACUUUGCAGUGAACUUGGGGAUUUUCGAUGUAUGGGCGUGUGGAAGGAUGAACGGUGCCGGUACGUUAGCCAUCGUAUCAAUCCGUACGCUAGUCGGGAAAAUUUGAUUCUGUUCCAGGUGUGGAAUCUGGACCACCAGAUUGAGAUCAGCCGAACCGUGUUGCCAUCGAUAUUGGACAACGUGGAACGCAUGGUAUCGCGGGAAGGUGGCGCGAUCUGCAAGCUGCAUCGCCGCAAGGGCAAAACAUUGUCUGUGAUAACGUACUUUCUCGAGUUGUUUACGCUCAGCAACCUGAAGCUGGUGCACAUCGUUUGCCAUGACAAGACCGUCCACGAGUUGAUCUCGAACGGGGCAAUCAUUUGCGAUCGGUGUGAGGAGUAUAAGUACAUAAAACAAUUUCAGCGUAACCUACGUUUCAAGAAGGACGCACUGCUGUAG